CAUCAGUUUCGUCUGGAAACCCGACGUCUGUAACGCCUCCCGAAAUGAAACCGUCUUCUGGAGAUACGUACAUCCGCUGGGGACGCACUACUUGCCCGGAUGAAAUCGAUACAGAGCUCCUCUAUGCCGGUUUCGCCGCUGGUGCACAUUACACCAAUAAAGGAGGUUCAUCGGAUUUUAUCUGUCUCCCUUCUGAUCCGAAUUGGUCCAGCAAUUACGACGACAGGGUUGCCAGUGUGUCCUACUUGUACGGGACUGAGUACGACGUUGGGGAUCAACACCACUUCUCGCGCCAGAAUGCCGAGGUCCUCCACGACCGUGACGCCCCGUGCGCCGUGUGCCGUCUCCUGGAACGCAGCACCAAGCUGCUUUUCCCGGCCAAGCUCGGCUGUCCUCCGAAAUGGACGGAGGAGUACAGGGGCUUCCUCAUGUCCGCUCACAACAACCAUGGGCGGGCCGAAGCCGUGUGCGUGGACCAGGCACCUGAGGUUAUCUCGGGCAGUCAAACUAACCAAAAUGGAGCACUGUUUUACUUCAUCGAAGGGAUAUGCGGGUCCCUCCCUUGCCCCCCUUAUGUUAAUGGUCGUGAAAUAACAUGCACAGUUUGUAGCAUCUAAAAAAAUAUCCAGUCGUGUCAAAAUAAAUAACUGGAGAGAAAGCUCUGAAAAAAACAUCGUGAAUUACGAGGUAUUUUUUUAAAUGCAUGUAUUUGGGGAAAACAAUUUCGGGAAACAAAAUUCGCAUAUUGUCGAGAAACAGAAAAAAAAUAAUGUUUAGAAUGUUCAGGAGUCUGAACAUUUAAGAGAAGCAUGUUGAUUAUUGCAUCGAGAUCCGAGGAAACCCUGUUGAACUACAAGAUCAUUCGAGAAAACUCAACAUCAAUGAGUCACAUCAUGGUCUUUAAAAUGAUAAAGGCUUAUAUUCAGAUGCCCGUAUGUAGUACAAAGCUAUCAUAAUUGUAUGCAGUUGCUCUCCACGUGCUCUUUAACGAAUUCUCCAAACAAAAUUGUCCAUUAGUAUGGUUUAUAUUCAAAACAAAAAUAUCUACUUUUUAUUGGAAAAAAAGGGAGAGAGAGAGAGUAAGUCGCAGGCAUCAAAACAAUGAAUUAAAUUUAAAGAAAAAGGGGGAGAGAGGGUCACAUACGCCCGAAACAGUUAUGGGCAACGGCAGACUUCUGAAAAGAGUUUUUGUUCUUGUUUGCUACUGCGCCAAUAACAUGCCAACAGAUUCCCUAAGAUUACUUUUGUCGGGUUAAAAAAACAAUUCAUUUUUUUACAGUACGUUAAGUUGUUGAAUUUAACGUGGGCAGAUAUUUUUUGCUUGAUGUCUCGUUUUAAAACAAGUUUUGUAUUUCCAGAUAGUUGUUUUCCGGAUUAAAACUUGACAAUGGCGCGAGUAGAGAAACCUUCAUUGUUUACUAAUGACGUAUUGUAUGUUUUAACCUACUUAUCAAACUUGAUUAUAGUAAUGAUUUAGACUUCAUUUCUUUUGGGUGAUUUGAUGUAAGUGAAUACGAUAUGAGAUUUUGUUUUACAUAGAUUGGGGUUUUGGGUUGUCUUGAUUGAAGUAUUGAUAUGUUGAUUUGACUGCAGUAUUUCAAGAUGGAUUUUUCCGUAUUACUUUGAUGUGAGUUAUGACUGGUGAUUUUAUUCGAUUUUGCUCGUUUGUUUGAAUGGUUUUGGUCUGCCUGUCUUGCGGGAUGUGCUGCCUGGACUGUCCGUCUGUCAACUCGCUUGUUUUAUUUUUGUUGUUUUAUUUGUUUGUUUGUCUAACUGGUUUACUUGUACGCUUGUUUUUCUUCUCUUUGGACGUUCACCAGCAAGUUCUGCUCCGAAGUUCAAGUCAUUUCAAAAAUGUUUGCAUUUGUUUAUACCCAGACACUAUUUUUUUUAAUAUUAUUAAUUCCGUAUAGGUAUGUUGUAACUGUUUAGAACUCCGACUCGUACUCGACACCAGACCCAAGUCCACUUUGUUUUUCAAGGUUUCAGGACUUGGGACUCGGACGUAUAUUGAAGACUCGGCUGCAUGAGUCCUAUGAAGUAUUCUGUUUUUUUUCCAAGUAAGUAAAAAGUAGAACGAGACCGCAUUCGACUUGAGCCGAGUCUAUACCUGUCAUUACGUAACAUGUAAAGGUCUAUAGACUUUUUUAAGAUUGGAAAUCAUCAGUGUAGUUAAUCAAAAGUGUAUUAAUAUGUAUAGGGUAUUAUUAUAUACGGUCAGUCACUAAAAUAAAGGCAUUCGUGCUGAAUAGUCAUGUGGUAAUAUCUUUCAUUACAUUUGAGCCUGAGCAGAAGGAGAAAAAUAUACAAUCCGAACAGAAAAACAUAUAUUUGGAAGUUAACGUCUUCUAGUAUCGGUGUGUAACCCACGGCGUGUGAAAACCACAUAGGGCCUAUACUCAUGACAAUCAUCAAAGUACGUUGAGAAAUUCUUGCAGUUUUCAAUGUCAUAGUUUUGGAUGUAUUAUUUCUAUAUACUUUGCCGGGCAGUAAUGGAAUUCCCACACUGCCCAGCCGGCCGGACGAAGUUGGAAUUCCAACUUUGAGCGGACACUGCACUGUGACAAAGUUAAUUGUCGCAUGCUCAAUGGGUGUAAACACAAAAUCCCGAGUAUCAUGACCUAUGACCUCAACACCUUCUGCAAAGGUCAAGUCAAAUAUGUAUAUACAUUUUUUUUACUAUAGCCUUAUACGUAUGCAUCAAUGAUCAGCCCUUAGGCAAAAUCAGCAGAAUAGCAGCAAAAAGAUCCUUUGUGAUCGUUUAAGCAAAAUUAUGCAAACCUUUUCCUGCUCCCAGACAUCAAUGGUCCAAAAAUAACCACGCAGUGUACACUAUAGUUCACCACUGACGCACGUUAUACUCACAGUGCAAAAAAAGUAGUUCUGCAAAAAGCAUAUAACUCCAUGUUGACUUAUGUAAUAUUCCGUUGGUUAAAUAAAUGUAAGAUUUAACAGAAUUGUUGCUAUAUUAGUUGAGCCAAUAGUUUUGGCAUAAUUUAUAUGUACCCUUCUAAAAAGAACAAGAAUUGUAAACAUUACUAUUUAAAAAAAAGUCUUCGUUGGCCAUCUUGAGCUUCAAAGUGUUAACGCUUUGUUGGUUUAUCUUUGCACUGCAAACCCAAACAGAAGCUUCGUUUAUCUAGGGUGAUAUUAAAACUUAAAAAAAAAAUUGGUUUCCAAAUAGGCUGGCCUUUAAUUGCAUGUAUUUUCAAUGUUAUACAAUGCAUUUUUAUUUUUGGUUGUGGGUUUUAAAAAAAGUUAUGUUUUGUUGUAUAUUUA